AUGCUUGAGAAUCAAUUGCCACUUUAUCUGCUUGUGGCCUUGGUUGCCCACGCUUGGCACGAAGCCCAUCCUACUACUAGUACUAGUGUUAGUACUAACAAUAUUACCAUACCACCAGCUGAUGAGUGGAUUCCUUACCUUGAGAGAAUGACAGCGUAUGAGUGGGUUGCUAACCUUGCUCUGAAGUUUUUCCAGCCGGUCAUUCCUGGGGUUUACGAAACACCACCCGGGCAUGAUGAUGAGCUUGGGCAACAACACAACCCUCAACUACCGACCCAUUCUGUUAAGAGGCUAUGGGGAACUGGGAUUAGUUUGAGAAAAAGGGAUUCGCUGAAAAUCACAGAUAUCGGUUUCGACAAAGGAAAGGGAAAGCUCUUAAUCCCACCCCUUCGUAUCCAUGGCUCCACCAAGUCGAUCUUCCUUAAUCUCAUGGCUUUCAAGCAAUGUUAUCAUCGAGAAGGGGAUAGAUAUAUCACCUCGUACAUCAGUUUCAUGGACAGACUAAUAGACUCUGUCCGAGAUGUGGAGUGCUUGCAAAAGAAAGGGAUUAUAGUUCACGACUUGGGAAGCGAAGAAGAUGUUGCCACUCUCUUCAACAAUCUUUGCAAAGAAAUUGUCGUUCCUACAAAUACCAACAGUUACUAUCUCGCCCAUGUAUCCUGUGAUCUCAAUAGAUAUUACACAAAAUGGCGUAAUUGUUUAUGGUUUCAUUCGUAUGAUGGAUCAGAUGCUCUGUUUGUUGAUUGA